CGCGCCGCGCUCACGGCGCGCCCGCCUCGGCCUCCGUCCCUCGGGCGCCCAGGCUCGAAGUUCCCGCCAGGCCGGAGCUGGGCUGAGACGAUGCUGCCUGGCCCGCCGUGGCCUUGAGGCUGACAAGAACGCCCUUUGGAAGCUUGGAGACAGCGUCGAGCCCCGGCAGCCAUGUCCACGGGAUUCUCCUUCGGGUCCGGGACGCUGGGCUCCACCACCGUGGCGGCCGGCGGCACCGGCACGGGCGGCGGUUUCACCUUCGGGACCGGGGCGUCCAGCAACCCUUCUGUGGGGCUCAACUUUGGAACUCUUGGAAGCACUGCGACUCCUGCAACCACAUCUGCUGCCAGCGGUUUUGGAACUGGGCUCUUUGGAGCUAAACCUGCCACUGGGCUCACUCUGGGAGGAUCCAACACAGGAAUAGCAACAACUUUAACUUCAGGAUUAACUCUGGGAGCUCCAGCGACCACGUCUGCAGCGACCACAGGCUUCAGCUUGGGCUUCAGUAAGCCCGCAGCGUCGGCCACGCCCUUUGCUCUGCCUGUUACAACUACCUCGGCCAGUGGGCUCACUCUUUCUUCUGCUCUCACAUCAACUCCAGCAGCAUCCACAGGGUUUACUCUGAAUAAUUUGGGCGGAACAGCCACAACGACCACUGCAUCCACAGGCUUGUCACUAGGCGGCGCCUUGACUGGUCUGGGAGGAUCACUUUUCCAGAGCACCAACACAGCAACAUCAGGUCUUGGUCAGAAUGCUUUAGGCUUGACUUUGGGAACGGCACCUGCUACUUCAACUGCAGGCAAUGAGGGCCUUGGCGGGAUAGAUUUUAGCAGUUCAUCAGAUAAAAAGAGUGAUAAAACAGGAACAAGGCCAGAGGACAGCAAAGCCUUGAAGGAUGAGAAUCUACCUCCUGUCAUCUGCCAGGAUGUUGAAAACCUCCAGAAAUUUGUCAAGGAACAAAAACAAGUUCAAGAAGAAAUUAGUAGGAUGUCCUCAAAGGCAAUGCUUAAAGUGCAAGAAGAUAUUAAAGCUCUGAAGCAGCUUCUGUCAUUGGCUGCCAGUGGAUUGCAGAGAAACACUCUCAACAUUGACAAAUUAAAGGUGGAAACUGCUCAGGAGUUAAAGAAUGCUGAAAUAGCUUUAAGAACCCAGAAAACACCACCUGGACUUCAACAUGAAAACACGGCUCCUGCUGACUACUUCAGAGUCUUGGUUCAACAGUUUGAGGUGCAGCUUCAGCAGUACAGGCAGCAGAUUGAAGAAUUAGAAAACCAUCUUGCCACUCAGGCCAACAAUUCACAUAUAACCCCACAAGAUUUGUCAAUGGCAAUGCUGAAAAUUUAUCAGACAUUUGUAGCUUUGGCUGCACAACUUCAGUCUAUUCAUGAAAACGUUAAGGUUCUCAAAGAGCAAUACCUCGGCUACAGGAAGAUGUUCUUGGGAGAUGCUGCAGAUGUGUUUGAAGCCAGGCGAGCAGAAGCCAAGAAAUGGCAGAAUGCACCCCGAGUUACCACUGGGCCCACACCUUUCAGCACCAUGCCAAAUGCAGCAGCCGUUGCCAUGGCUGCAACACUCACACAGCAGCAACAGCCUGCUCCAGGGCCACAGCCGUCUCUGGGAGUUAGUUUUGGAACGCCAUUCGGCUCAGGUAUUGGCACUGGCUUGCAAUCAAGUGGCUUAGGUUCUUCAAACCUUGGAGGAUUUGGAACUAGCUCUGGUUUUGGAUGCAGCACCACAGGGACCUCCACAUUUGGAUUUGGAACAACAAAUAAACCCUCAGGAAGUCUUAGUGCAGGCUUUGGCAGCUCAAGUGCCUCUGGGUUUAACUUCAGCAAUCCGGGCAUCACGGCAUCAGCUGGCUUGACAUUUGGGGUAUCCAAUCCUGCCUCUGCGGGCUUUGGAACAGGAGGACAGCUCCUGCAGCUGAAGAAGCCUCCAGCUGGAAACAAAAGAGGCAAAAGAUAAUCACGAGGGUUGACGUGUGAGAGUCCGCAGCAGCACCGUUAAUUCCAUGAGUCUAUUUUUCUAAUGAUGCAGUGAUUAAACUGCAUCCCAAGAGAUUUAUAAAGUUUUGAUAUUUUUCCCUACUCUGGAAGUUGAAAUUUGUUCACGUUUGCUGUACUGAAUAUCUUGUGGAUUUAAAACCUAGUUGGUGUUGUUUUUGUUAUUUUGAUUCUCUGUGUUAGAAAUGUUCUAAUUAUGUCACUGAUAAUAGAAGAAACCAUUAACCUAAAACCUACUAUUUAACCUAGUAGUAAUAGCAGUGUUUGUUGUUGAUGAGGCUUCCAUGAUG